AUGUCGGAGCACGGAAAUGCUGUCUUCAAUAAUUCCUGCUUGCGGGUGCCGCGAAAUCCUGUAAAUAAAACGCCAUUUCCGGUCUGCGAUCAGAAACUCAUAAACCAAUUGGAAAACGAAGCGCGAAAACUGAGCAUCAGUCCAACAUCCUCCACCGGAUCCGCGGAUCACCACAAAUCACUCAUAGAUUUCUACGACAGUAUACCAGAGUAUAACGAGGUUAAUCAUUUAUCAAACAAAGAGUUUUACAAGAGGUUGGAAAACUUGAGACAGAAACAACGCACUUACAACGAUUAUCUAGUCUAUCAGGAUAAGAUCGAGAACCACCAAACCGCUUGGAUUGAUGACUACAAAACGCUAUCGACAGGCAGAACACCGGAUACAGAGCGGAAAUCCACCGCUGAGGAAGAAUGGGAAUCCAAGUCGCCUUCACGUAGAUCGGUUCGCAUCGAAACACCACCUACAGAAAUCCGCUUCAAACCCAGAUGCGAAUCAGCAGACAUCAAAAGUGUCCCAAACAGUCCUAGAAAGGUAGCUUGGAAAGAUUGCGGAAUCACAAUACCCAAACCUUUCCAAAUGACAAUUAGAAGUGAAACAGUGAAAAAACGUAGCAAAGACCAACUGAGAGCUCAAAUGCGUCCUUUCUCGUUCACGCGUCGAGAAGAGGAAAUCCUAACAAUUACUAAACGUCUAUCGAAAUCAUCUCCGAGUAUUUUCUCUCAGGAAACAUGUCCAAAAGUUAAGCAAUUUUCGGCUAAACCCGUGCCGAGAAAUCUUUUCAGUAAUUACGUUUACCAGAAGAUGCACGAAGACGAAUUCUACAGAUCAUUGCAGAAGAAAAUUCGAGCAGAGGAGAUGCUUAAAGCUUCAUCACUUCCACCGGCCAUGGCCAAACGCGAGAAAACUAAACCCAAAUAUCAAAUUUGUCCUAGAUCCUUUCGCGAUUUGUAUUUGAAUGAAUCCAAUGGGACAAACACCAAUUUUGAUAAGGAACUGGCAGAAUUAGAACUUGAUUUUGUUCUAAGGACACCUAGUCCCAGACAAUGCAAGAAGAAGGCCCGAAAAAGUUGUAGAAAAUCACCUAGUAUUUGCAGAUCCGUAUUAGAUUCUACAAAUCGCUCUAAUUUGGCUGCAGUUUUAAGAAUGCAAACAGCUAGGAAAAGAAUGGAAGAUGAUAUUGCUCGACGGCUGGAAGAGGUGAAGAUCAAAGAAGAGGUAAGGUGGCGCGAAAAGGUCCUCCGUAGGAGACCCGUCUGGCAAACGUUAGCUUAUAACCACGAAGAAGAUCUGCAGAUGCGACUGCAAUUACGCAAGGAAGAAGAUAAAUUGCGUAAUGAAGAGCAUAAAUACAAGAUGCAAAAAAUGCAGGGCAGAGUUAACAGACAGCCGACAUUGUUUGAAAGGCAAUCACAAAUCAGGAAUGCUAAAACUAGAGAAGAACUAAUCGCUAGAUUAUACGGAAAUCUAGAGAGAUCUUGUGAAAAUUCCAAUUAUAAUGAGAAUGACUCUGUGAAAAGAAGUGUAGUAGAAAUGAAGGACGAAAGUAUUCAAGCCCAAUUUGAUGAAAUUUUCAGAGACGAAGAGAGUGCUGCAAUAAAAGGAACUGAAGUCGUAGUCGAUGAGGAUUAA